UCCUCAACUAGAAGUGAAGCUGAGGUUUAUUGUGUUUGUGUUAAUGUUAAUGUAAAUGCAGCAUCGAGAUCUGCGUUUUUCACACUUCGUUGGCUUAACGCAGAAGCUUUCAAACUCCUUUGAAUUGAAUUGAAAGCUCUGCCGAAUCUCCUACAACUCAAGUACUUUCUUCUACUUCUACUUGAGCUUCCUACUUUAAUUUAACCUGCUUUUUUUAGUGAGCGUGUAACUCAAGUUUUGCCGUUAAAGCUAUAGAUUUUGUUACCCCCUUUUCAUAUGUUCCUGUGUUCCAUUUUAACGUUAAGCCAUGUCUUGUUGCUGUCUUCUUCAAGCUCCUGCUUCAUGACAACACCAAUCCCAGGAGAACUUGAAGAAUUUGUGAAAUUACACUCUUCACGGUAGCAAGCACCUUCAUAGAACUUCAAUCAACAACACACUAUGAAGCUGCACUCAUUUUUUGAAGCACUGCCUCUGCUCUUGCUCCUUUUCUCUAUUCCCCAAAUAAUUGCUGAUCUGAAUUCAGACAAGCAAGCCCUCCUUGAAUUUGCUGACAGUGUUCCUCAUGGGCGGAAGCUAAAUUGGAGCAAUUCUACCUCUAUUUGUACUUCUUGGGUUGGCAUCAGUUGCACCCAGGACAAAUCUCAUGUGCUUGCUGUCCGCCUCCCUGGUGUUCGUCUGAAUGGUCCAAUUCCAGAGAACACACUUGGAAAGCUGGACUCACUUAUGAUCCUCAGCCUCCGAUCAAACGGCCUCAGUGGGGAUCUUCCAUCUGAUGUACUCUCCCUUCCAUCCCUUCGCUACAUAUAUCUUCAAAAAAACAACUUCUCAGGAAAUAUUCCUUCCACCCUUUCCCCCCAGCUUAACUGGAUUGAUCUCUCCUUCAACUCCAUCACAGGCAACAUUCCAGCCACAGUUCAAAAUUUAACACAUCUCAUAGGUUUGGACCUCCAAAAUAAUUCCCUUACAGGAGUCAUCCCUAAUCUAACUCUUCCAAGGCUUACACAAUUGAAUUUGAGCUACAACCACCUAAAUGGUUCAGUUCCACCUGCCCUUCAGAAGUUCCCUUCAGCCUCCUUCGAAGGGAAUUCCAUGUUAUGUGGACCACCUCUAAACCAAUGCUCCACAAUUUCCCCCUCACCUAGUCCAUCCCCAGCUUACUUUGUACCUCCGCCAACAGGUCCCAAAGAACCAAGAAAGAGCCCUAAGAAGAUACUCAGUACUGGCGCUAUAAUUGCCAUAGUAAUUGGGGGUUUAGCUGUUUUGUUCCUUCUAAUACUCAUGAUGGUAAUUUGCUGUUUCAAGAAAAAAGAUACUGAAGGUGCUGCGGCCGCAAAAGGGAAGGUUGGAAGGGGUGAAAAGCCCAAGGAAGACUUCGGGAGCGGGGUUCAAGAGGCUGAGAAAAACAAGCUGGUUUUCUUUGAAGGUUCUUCAUAUAAUUUUGAUCUGGAGGACUUACUAAGAGCUUCAGCUGAAGUGCUAGGAAAGGGAAGUUAUGGGACAACUUAUAAAGCCAUCUUGGAGGAGGGAAUUACAGUGGUAGUGAAGAGGCUGAAAGAAGUGGUUGUGGCGAAAAGAGAAUUUGAACAACAAAUGGAAAUUGUAGGGAGGAUAGGUCAACACCCUAAUGUCGUGCCUAUCCGUGCUUAUUACUUUUCUAAGGAUGAGAAACUCCUUGUUUAUGACUUCAUAGCCGGUGGGAGCUUUUCCGCAUUAUUGCAUGGAAACAGGGGAACUGGACGAACUCCACUAGACUGGGAAUCAAGAUUAAAGAUUUCGCUUGGAACUGCAAGGGGCAUUGCCCAUAUUCAUUCUGCAGCUGGGGGGAAAUUAAUCCAUGGGAACAUCAAGUCAUCUAAUGUCCUUCUCACCCAAGACUCUACCGGAUGCAUCUCUGAUUUUGGCUUAACUCCUCUAAUGAGUUACCCAACAGUCCCCACGAGAAGUGCAGGCUACCGUGCUCCCGAGGUGAUUGAAACAAAAAAGUGUACCCAAAAAUCUGAUGUCUACAGUUUUGGUGUCCUUCUCCUGGAGAUGUUAACUGGGAAAGCACCAAUCCAAGCAUCAGGACACGAAGAUGUGGUUGACCUUCCGAGGUGGGUUCAGUCUGUUGUUCGAGAAGAAUGGACCUCUGAGGUGUUUGAUGUAGAGCUAAUGAGAUACCAGAAUAUCGAAGAAGAGAUGGUGCAGAUGCUUCAGAUAGCAAUGUCGUGUGUAGCAAGGGUGCCAGACAUGAGACCUAAGAUGGACGAAGUUAUAAGGAUGAUUGAGGAAAUUCAGCCAUCUGAUUUAGAGAACCGGCCAUCAUCAGAGGACAAGUCCAAGGGUUCAAACACACAAACCCCUUAAGCAAUCCAACAAUGAUGUUCUUAUUCAGUUCAUAGCUCUGCUUGUUCCAUUUCGAGAAUGAAGAUCUAUUGCCUAAAUUGCUUGCUUUUCCAACGGUAAACUGUGUGAUUCUUUUAGGAUUUUAGUGUCAAAGAAUUUCACCAACUAUCAUUUUUUCCUCCUCUUUUGCUAUCAUUGUAGCUAAGUUAUUUCUAAAUAAAUCACACUUUAUUACAUGUAUAUCCAUGUCUGUACUUGGUAGAAGAAUAAUAGUGUUCUCAACAACUUCUCGC